CACUCUUGUGAGCUCCUGCGCGAUACAAAAGGCAUUAAUAUAUUUUAUUUACUCACUCGCCUCUCAGCCGUGAAGAUCAGACACUUGUUGUGUGAACUCUGUGAGUGUUUAGUCCCGAUUUCCGUACGAAUAAAAAAAAAACAGACGGAUUUCGAGGAAUAUCACGGAAAUAUUGACGUGUCUGACGGGAAGCUUAUCAUUUCACGGAGCAAUGAUUUCUGUGCCGUGUCGCUGAAGCAGCGAUAAGGAAAUAAUUUCACAAAGUGAACUGAUUAAUUUGUUGUACAUAUAUCAACAAUUGAGUGUAAUUGAUAUUCGUAUCUCGGCGUAUUUCUCAGUGGAAUCGAGAUGUGUGUCUCUACGAAAAUAGGAAGUUCCUUAUCUGCUUAAUUCACUUAUUGAAUUGAAUUAAAUUAUAUUUGACACAUAUGUGAGAUUCAGACCUAAAUGGAUUACAUUGUUAACAAUGAGGAGUUGAGCAAGUGAAGAUGAGAAGAAUGAAAUUGUGAACAAGAACUGCGCUGUGCAAUUAUUUUGGAUUGAUACUUUCGUGGAGUUUUUUCUUUGCAUGAACAGAUAAAAGUGUAUGUCGUGAGGGUCUCUUGACAAGACAAACAUGUUGCAAUAUGUAUGUACGCUUCGUUAAGUAAUUGAAUAUUGCUACUACACUGUGAGUUUUGCUAAAAACUGGUCGGACACUUGAUCACGAAGAGAGUCAGAAUUGCAUUUUCUUAUCCCAAGCCGAUGUUAAGACACAUACAAGUAUAAUUUUUGAUGAAAAAUAUAUGCAGAUGGUUCGACUUUUAAUAUCGCGAGUGGUGAACGGUGAGUUUUAAUUGAGUUGCAUAUUACAAUAUCCUGUGAAUUGAGGAAAAAUAUGUAUUAGGAGUGAGAGGAAUAUGCAAAUAUACUCUUGUGCACCUUUGUAAUGGUUGGCAUAAGGUGUACAUCGAUGAGCAUAAAGAACAAGUUGAGCAGGUACUAACUUUAGUCGACUCAUUUUUGUGUGAUGUGCUGCAGAAAAAUAAUGAAUACAGUGAAUUUGCAUAUGUGACGCGCUGCAAAGUAUAUUCUCAGUGGAGAAAAAAAACUGCUGCGAGAGUAAAAGUACACCUCAAAUGUGCAAGAAUAGAUACAGAACACUUGGCAUCUGGCAUUUGGCAAAUGCCAAUUGGAAUAGGGCGAAAACAGAAGUGAAUUCCAGGUAGUGCACAGUUUUCACAAGUUCUUCAAAUGCACAACUUGCUCGUGUGAAACACCCAAGACAGCGUGAAUGCUAUAAGUUUGGAACACGUUUGUGAAGAUGCCAAUUACGAAGGAGAAGUGCGGCGAGAAGGGAAAACAGGAGAGUCUUCUAAGACCAGCGAGUGGUCUGAGCUACAGUGUUUUAGAUUUACAAUCAAUUCGGAGAUUGCUAGAAAGUGAGACGACCAGCAGCGAUGGCGAUACAUGUCCAAGUUGUCAGAUGCCAUUUGACAAAGGCAAAAAGCGGAAAUUAAUUGAUACCUGUGGUCAUGAGCGCUGCUACUCGUGCAUGUUCAAAAAUGAACAGUGUCCCAGUUGUAUCGCCGACCAGAAGUCGUUCCCAUCCGCCGAGGCAUCUGGCAAUAGUAAAUUAUCUACUAAUGGCGGCUGCCAUAUUCAGGAAAGUGAUUUGCAAACAUCUCCAGGGUCAAGUGUUGCACAGCGAGGCAGCGAGCUGCUCAAGUCGAGAUUCAGUUCGGUCUCGCAAUUGCUGCAGAUUAAUCGGAAAGAUUUGAAGCAAGAUCAGAUGAAACACUUGAACCAUCCGGCUCUCAAGAGGGCAGACGACUUAACAUCCCGCCUAUGCGCCACUCCUCCGCAGAAUCGUAGAAAGAUCUUCAACACGAAGAACCUGCGCAGUCCCUUUGGUAGCCAUCGACGGAUCGCCUCGGCGGCCGCAGCCGCGGAGAAUGCCGGCGAUAGAUCAGAUGAGGAUGUGGAGGUGCCGAAGGAGAAGUCAUAUCACAUGCCGGGAAAGUUGAAAGAUGAACUGCAGACAAGAUUGGGCUUCUUUCUGGACAAUCCCUUUCGAAGUAGUGCUGAAAGUGCCAUAAAGCAGCCACUCCAGUCAUGCACAUCCCUCGUGUCCAGCAACACGAGUCCCGUGUCGACUCUGACUGGAUCCUCAGACGCCGACAUGUCGCGCGCUCUGCAGGACUCUGGAGCCUACAUUGCGGGCUCCAACUCAAUUGGCUCGCUCAUGUCGAUGUCCAUCUCGGAGCAGAGCAACAGCUCUCUGAGUCCAGUGACGCGCAGACACUCCGUGACGACAUCGCAAGCUGGGCAGGUGGAGGAUUUGACGAUCUUCAAGAAUCGCCGCGUUCCCAUCAGACGAUCUGCACGAUCGGGAGCUCUCAAGGGUCCUGUGGAUCCGAAGAUCCGCUUCGCACAGUACAGACAGAUGCAGCAAUUGACGCUGAAACCGCUGUUCUUUGAGGUUCCCGUGCAGGAGCAGGAGCCGCUCUUCGUGGGCCGUCAGUGGCUGAUGCGAGACAUCUCCAAUAUUCUCAAUCAGACCGACUCGCAGGGCAUUCUGCUGCAGGGCAGCCCGGGCACGGGCAAGACAGCUGUGCUGCUGCAACUCGUGGAGCACUCGUGCUUCGGGCGGCGGCACGGCGCCGGGGCGAAAGACACUGAGGGCAUCUACUGCCAAGCGAACGUGGUGAAUGAGCGCAUUAAGGCCCUCUCGUCGUACAUCGUGGCGUAUCACUUCUGCCAGGCGGACAACAAUUUAACGUGUCUGGUGCCGGACUUUGUGCACUCGCUGGCGGCGCAGCUGUGCCAGGCGCCGCAAUUGUCCGCAUACCGCGAGUACCUGCUCAGCGAGUCGCACCUGCAGAACAUUCUCAGCGUGAAAGAGUGCAUCGCGGAUCCAGAAAGGGCACUCAAGAUGGGCAUUCUGGAGCCUCUCAUCAGCCUCAGGCGAUCAGGCAACAUCACGGCCAAGAACUGUGUCAUCCUCAUUGACGCUCUCUGCGAGGCUGAGUACCACAGACCCGAUCACGGGGACACGCUGUCGUCCUUCCUGGCCAAGAUGGUGGCCCACUUUCCGCCCUGGCUCAAAGUCGUGGCCACUGUGCGCACGCAGAUGAUGGAGUUUGUCAAGAUGCUGCCGCUCACGCGUCUCUCGCUCGACAUAUCCAAUGACGCCACGCAGAAGGAUAUCUUCGAGUACUGCACAUUCAGGAUGAAGACCAGCAACAGUAUCGUGAAUAACAUCCAUCCGGGCGGAAAGGAGGGCAUCAUGAGCAACCAGAGCAAGUUCAUACAGUAUCUGAUUUCCCUCGCCAAGGGAUCAUUCCUGUUCGUGAAGCUCACGCUGGAUCUGAUCGAGUGCGGCCACUUGGUGAUCAAAUCCUCGAGCUACAAAGUCCUGCCCGUGUCUCUGGCGCAGAUCUUCCUGCUCAGGUUCAACCUGAAAUUUCCCACGGUGGCCAAGUAUGAGAGAGUCUCCAGCAUCCUCAACAUCUGCCUCGCCACGCUCUAUCCACUCACGCAAGUGGAGAUCUUCUACUCCAUCAAUGCUCUGCACGCCAACAGUCCGCUCACGUGGCAGGACUUUGUGGAGAGCUUCAAUGAGCUCUCGGAUCUGCUGAUAAAGCGCCUGGACAACACCUACAUGUUCUUCCAUCCGGCUCUCCGGGAGUGGCUCAUCAGACGCGACUCCAACGAGAGCGUGAAGUUCCUCUGCGACUUCCGCCUCGGCCACGCUGCCAUUGCCUUCCGCCUGUCGCGUCUUCAUGCUCCUCUGGAUGGUGAACUGGCUCUGGAGCUGGGCCACCACAUCCUCAAGGCGCACAUCUAUCGCAACAGCAGUCACGCUCUCCUCCCGCGUGAUCUGCAAGCCUACUGGGUUUCGUCCGUGACUGACUGCAUCUCCUCCUCACUCUGCACACUGCGCAACGUCUACAGUCCGAACAUCAAGGUUUCCCGGCUGCUCCUGCUCGCCGGCGCCUCGCCAGACUUCGUCACUGACUUCGUGGGCAACGCACCUCUCCUCUGCAUCGCCGCAUCCGAGGGAAUCGUGUCAAUGGUGAAUCUGCUGCUGGAGUUCGGCGCUGAUGUGGAGAAGUGCAACAGUCAGGGCAAUACGCCACUCAUCCUGGCCGCUGCCAAGGGACACUGCGACGUUGUGCGGCAGUUAGUGGCCGCCGGGAGCGCUCUUGGGCACACAGACACCUCCGGCCGGUGUGCCUUAGUCCACGCCGCGCGAGCCGGGAAGCUGAAUGUGGUGAAGUACUUGCUGGCAUGCGACUGGAUUGCUCGCGAUGGCUUCAGCGACGUGAGCCUCCUUCAAGCCACGCAGCAAGCACUCGUGGCUGCCUCGUCUCAGGGCUCCACGGACAUCGUAGAGGAGCUCCUCGACUCAGCUGAUGUGCAGAUCGACGGCGAGGACAGCAUCACGGGCGAAACGGCCCUGACUGGAGCGGCCAAGUGUGGAUGCGUGGACACUGUCACGACCCUUCUAGUCCGUGGCGCCUCCUGCGAGGCUCGCAAUCGGAAGAAUCUGUCCGCUCUCCUGGUGGCCGCCAAGGACAAUCACCGAGGCGUCAUUGAGCGCCUCUUGCAAUACAACGUCAACCUGGAGGAUGCGGAUGGAGAUGGCAAGACGGCCGUCAUUGUCGCUGCACAGGAAGCCAAUGUGGAUGUGAUCGAAGUGCUGGUGGAUCGAGGAGUGAAUCUGGAGAAGACAGACAAUGAAGGUCUCACGGCUCUGAGCUGGUCAUGCCUGCGUGGUCAUCAGCAGACUGCCACUUAUCUGAUCGAGAAGUUCGCCAACAUUCACCACACAGACAAAACGGGCAGAACGCCUCUGGAUCUCGCGGCAUACCAGGGAUCGGGGGCGCUCGUGCAGAUGCUGCUGGAUCGCGGAUCUCAGAUCGAGCACGUGGACGUGAAUGGCAUGAGACCUCUGGACAGAGCAAUUGCGUGCCGGAAUGUGCAAAUAGUGCAAGUCUUCCUCAAGAGAGGGGCCAAAUUGGGCCCAACGACGUGGGCAAUGUCAUCGGGAAAGCCGGAGAUAAUGCUUCUACUGCUGAAUAAAUUACUGGAGGAUGGAAACACACUGUACAGGAAGAAUCGCCUUCAGGAAGCCUCGCACAGAUAUCAGUAUGCGCUGAAAAAGUUCCCAGUUGACAACUCAGAGCACAGUUCGACUUUCAAUCAGCUCAAGAUCAACUUUCUGCUAAAUCACUCGCGAUGCAACAGAAAAAUGAAUAAUAUUGCAGAGGCGAUAGAUUUAGCGACGCAGGCAAUUGAGAUGAACUCGGAGAGCUACGAGGGAUUUCAUCUGAGGGCGAAGGCUCUGCUGGAGUGCGGUCAGGUGGAGAAGGCCUUUUCAGACUCACGAUCGGCUCUGCAGCGCGGACAAACUGCCUCGAUGGACAUCAAGAAUGUCCUCAUUCGCUUUCACGACGAGGUGCUCAAGCGGAGGGCGUAUUUGCUCACGCACGAAGCCGACUCGUCGACCGAUCUAUAGGAAAAGUCCAGCAAGAAUGGCCAUAAUAUUGCUGAUAAGAGCAAAUUCUAUAAAAAUUGUAGAUAGGCAAAUUUAGAACAUGUAUAGAAAAGACAUUCUUACUUUUUAUGUUAUUGUCACGCGUCGUAAGGAAUAGGAAAUGCAAAAAAAAAUUGUUUGGCAUGAAAAAGACUGAUUUCUUGCUUUUAUCUUUGUCUCUGAAAAUUUUUGUCUGCCGAAAUCUUUUUUUUUAGUUAUUUUGUCGUCUCUUUUUUAUCUCUUUAAAUACAAAUUGCUAAAAGCAUUCAGAGUUUAUGUUACUUAAAUUAUUUAAAUUAUUUUUUUUUUUACUUUCCACGCAAUUUUUUCAAUUUAUUUUAGAUUUUAUAAAACUACGAUGAACAGAGGGAAAUAUAGCUAUUUUUUGUGUAAUCUUUUGAUAUAUGAACAAAUAAAACUUGCUUUUAUGAAACAUUAAUUCUAUUUCACAAACUCAAGCGAAAUCCGAAAGAAAACCACAAUUUUUCACAUCCAACUUUUCAUUCAUAUUUUAUUUCCCAAAACUCAUAUUUUUCAGUUUUUUUUUCAUAUGUAUACAUAAUAAGAAAAAUAUUAUUUUAUACAUAUAAAUUACAUUAAAUUUCAACAAAAUCAAAAAUCAGUUUUUUUUUGUGGCGGAAAAAUUAAAACUUGCUAAUAAUUUUCUCUUCCAUUUCACGGAAAAAUAAAGAAAAUUUCUUUUCUUUCUCAAAAACAGUUUAAUCAAUUGCAAAGUGCUGCGAACGAAUGUUCUUGAAAUCUGAAUUACAUUUAUUUAAAAGAAAAAGAAAAAGAGUUCAUCACACGAAUUAAUUGUACAAAUAAUCAUGAAUGUUUCAAUUGUUUCUACAAUUUUCAUUUUACUUUAUUAUAUCCGUCCUAGUGUUUUUUUCUACUAAUUGGAAAAUUCAUCGGAGACUUAUGCACUCCUCUUCGACCAAUUUUUCCUUCACAAUCACUUCGCCGUCUCCCCAAUUUGCCUCUUUCUGAAUCUGAGUUAAAACCAAAAAAAAAGUUGACUGGACACUUUUAAGGCCACAUGAAAAUAUUUAUCGUAUUAUUUAUCAUUUAACUUCAUUUCCACCAAACCAAUUUUAUGCUUCUUCUUGUUUUUUUUUCUUACUUCAUCUUCUU